CACAUAAUAAAGCAAUGCGCAAGUACAGUCCCAGGGACUUCAACUCCCUGUUCAGCUCAUUGACCUUCAGUGGGAGGGGACAGUCAGGGACUCAGCAAGCAUGGCAGCCGGGACUCUUGCUAAAGGGAUGUGCGGACUCCGCAACCCACGGGUUUUGGCAGCAGUACGUUCCUUCAAUGGACCGUUUUAUGCGACGGCUGCGGCUGUCAAAUCACCUCUGGUGCCAACAAACAACAUGGAAAAGCACCUGAACCAGACCUUGGAAUCCUCUGACUACUUCCGCCUGUCCGAACUGUUCUCCUUAAAAGAACUAUUUGAUGCCAGAGUGCAUCUUGGCCACAAGAAAGGCUGCAGACACAGACUCAUGGAGCCCUACCUGUUCGGCUCACGUCUGGAACAGGACAUUAUCGACCUGGAUAAGACCGUGGAGCACCUUCAGGCGGCUCUGAACUUCACCGCCCAUAUAGCCUACCGUGGCGGCAUCAUUCUCUUUGUCAGCCGGCGCCGGCAGUUUGGCCACCUGGUGGAGAGUACGGCAAGGGACUGCAGAGAGUAUGCCCACACACGCUACUGGCAGGGAGGGCUCCUCACCAAUGCCCCUAUCCAGUAUGGGCCUGGGGUCCGCCUGCCGGAUCUGGUCAUCUUCCUUUCCACCCUCAACAACGUCUUUCAGCAGCACGUGGCCAUCCGCGACGCGGCCAAGAUGAACAUCCCCACGGUGGGGGUGGUGGACUCCAACUGCAACCCCUGUCUGGUGACCUAUCCGGUGCCAGGGAAUGACGACACGCCGGCCGCCGUGGAACUCUACUGCCGCCUGUUCAAGACUACCAUCAACAGAGCCAAGGACAGGAGGAAGCAGCUGGAGCUGCUGCAGGGCCUGUCUGCACCACCUCCGACACCAGAAUCGUGAGAGAGAAACAGGACUUUGUCAUAACAAUUUAAAAAAAAAAAUGAAUUCCUCUCUUUUUGGUUGAAAGAUGCACCUAUAUUGGCCUCAGUUAAUCUAGCUGCUUUUGUGAAAGGUGGUCACUCCACCUGUUGUCUCUAGGGACAUGAAUGGGAAGGAAGGAAAUCCAAGAGACAAUAUAGAUACAGAACUGUUACGACCUUCAGCAACAACCUUGGUGUAAUUGUACAGAUUGCUUGACCCUUUUGCAUCUUGUUCGAUGCAGAGUAUCUUUAUUUUCUUUUUCAGUGCAUUCACAAAUGUCAAGUAAACUUUGGUAACAUUUA